UAUCCCAUGCAGACUAUAACUUAAAGUGAAAUUACUAGUGCUAAAAAUGUGAAAUGUGGCUUGGGUCAGGUAAAUAAUAAUAGUCUCACACCUAAUUGAUUUUUAAUUGCGUUUUUUUCAAAUCACACAGUUUACAGGCUUCGUGAUCCAUAACAAAACGGAUUCCCAGUUUCGUAGAAAAAUGGAAGAUCGUGACGAGCAGUUAGUCAUUUGUGGUUAAUGACUUUCUUUUGUUUGGCGGCGUACAGAGUGUGCUUAAGAACUACCUGAUAUAAAUGGUUGAUACAACUGUUUUAAGAUGUCACUUUCUGCCAAAGAAGAGCUUUUAGAUAGACCUCACAGUUACCCACCUCUAAUACAAGCAAAUGGGAAGUACCACACGAAUGGAAACAAUAACGGAUCAACUCAAAAUAAGUUAAACGAACGGUCUUUAAGUCCAAGUCAGGCAUUAUGCUUGACGACAACGGUACCGCAAAAUUUUGCCUCAAGAUCAUUAGGGGACAAGCAUGCUCCUACUAGAAACAGCUUGAGGCACAGUAGGAUGAUUGUUAUGUAUAGAAAUGGAAAAAUUCCAAAAAAGUACCUGCCCUUUGUGAUAAAACACUACAGACUAGUCAAAUCGAUGAAGGUUCUAACGAUAAUUAUAGGAAUCCUUAUGUCCCUCGUAUCAGUGUGCAUGGUGCUGUGGAGCCCCACAUUAGACAAGCUCUAUUUACCUUAUUGGAGUGCGGCCCCCGUUUUCUGCAGUGGCGUCGUAGGUUGCUUCUUCUUGGGAUUCUGCCCCAGGCCUUAUCCAGGACGAAGCCUAGGGUGCCACUAUCAUUUUACCAAAGUUAUAAGCCUUCUAACCACAUCAAUAUCCUGUAUGGCCUGCAUAGUUGUACUAGGCAUCUCCAUAGUUCAUCUGGCUUACUUGCACACCGCCACCUGUACACCGAACGACAAACUAAACCAAACUUGUCUGUGUGUAAUGCCUAAUUCAACGCAUAUCUUUAAUGACAAUUAUCUGUACGCAGAACUCACGUGUGAGGAGGUCGAUUGUUUCCUGCGAGGAGUCCUCGCGACCUCUUGCGUUUUAAACGUGUUAGCAUUUGUUUUAGAGGUUAUGUAUUUGUGCGCGCAGUGGCGCAGCAGGACUAAGUUUGUUUAUGCGAAGGUUCCUAUUAGGGAGGAUAGUGUAAGAAGAAGUGCAGAUGAAAGGUGACAGAAAAGAUAAAUUAUAUGUUUGUUUGAUGUUCAUAUAUGAUACCAAAAAUCGAUAAUAAGGAUAUUAAUGUAACGGGAAAACUUGGUUUCAGUAUUUUUGUAAAGUUAUUCUAUACCAGGUUUUGUAUACACUUUAGAAAUAUCAGUUGCAAGUCAAAUUCUUUCUUUCUAUUAAAAUUCUUCUCUAUUCACUAUCCUACAAUACAUUACUGAUUAUUAUAUUAAAUACAGACUAGUUAAGUGCCUUCUCUAAAGGCAUACUUAGAGUAGUCAUGGAAAUCCGAUAAGGUUACUUAAUAAUAGAAAAAAAAUUAAUCACACAUUGUCGUCUAUCUUAAUGAGCAUGAAAUUCUUCACGAUUUAAAUCAACAUCCAUUUUAACUCGGUAUAUGUUGGACACCAAGUGAAAUUAACUAUAAAGAAAAUAUACUGAUUCAGUCCUACAAGGGAACUUUCAGCGUUUUUCGAAAAGCUGAUUAAGAUUAAAAAAACUAUCUCUUAAAAUAUUUUUAAUUGUACGGUGUUGCUAGUUUUAUAUAAAUCCGACAACGUCUUUGUUAUUUUAAAUAUAGAGUGUUCUAAAAAGCUCUUAACAGUUUAGAACUUCGCUAUUUCUGAAGAUAAAAAAAAAUUGAGCUCAAUUUUUUACUCACUAUUUCCUACUAGUUCUACCUAAUUUCCUUCCGAGAAACCACCCAAAACUUUUUUAAUUUAAAUAUCCUAUCUCCGAUUCUUAAUACUCUAGAAAAAUUAGGUGUCUCUUUUAUAGUAUCAACACACAUUGAGCAUUUUGGGACACCUUGUAUAGUGACGUAAUUCUCGUUACUAAUAUAAAAUGCCACAAUCAGAUACCUGGUAUGGUAGAUCCCAAAGAAUGAAAUAUUUAAACCAAAUAAUCCCUAUUACAUCCAUAUGCUUAUAAAAAAAAUUAAAAAGGAACAAUAAAAAACCAGGUCAGUAUUACAAAUUUUACUUUAAAAAAUGUAUAUCUUUUAUAUAUUAUCUCAUAAGUUUCCUGUAUAAACUGUGUAUAUUUUUAUGUAUGUUAUAGUUACAAUAAUAAAGUUUUGUCUUGCAUAUAAAU